GUAGGUUCCCAGGCUGGUGGCUGGCAUGGCUGAGCCUGCUGGAGGCUUCGUGGCUUCCCCGGCAUGGUUUCCAGCCUCAGAGGUGCCCCCCGCGUUGGGACCUUUGAGCGACACUGCCCCGCCGCCGGACAACUGGAUGCUUUGGGCAAUGCUGCCACCACCACCACCGCCUUCGUCUUUGCCGCCUGCAGCCGGGUCACAAUCUACUCAGUCUCAGCCCCCCACAAAGGCCCAGUCUUUAACCGAGACGCCGCCCCCCUUCGAUACCCAGAUUCUUCCCGGCGCGCAGCCCCCCUUUGACGCCCAGUCUCCCGUUGACUCUCAGCAUCAGCUCAAUGGCCAGCCUGCCUGGAAUUUCCAUGCUUCUACAUCAUGGUACUGGGGACAGUCUCCUGGUGUUUUCCCUCAGCAUCAGAAGUCCCACAACACUCCAGUGAAACAUCCUUAUUUUCCACGAAAAUAUGAUGCACAGUUCACUGACAACAGCUUCCCUCCCAGUAGAAAACAGAAAAAAAAGAGAAGAAAGGAGCCUGUUUUUCACUGCUUUUGUGAUACCUGUGAUCGUGGUUUUAAAAAUCAAGAAAAGUAUGAUAAACAUAUGUCAGAACAUACGAAAUGUCCUGAAGUAGAUUGUUCUUUUAGCGCACAUGAGAAGAUUGUCCAGUUUCAUUGGAGAAAUAUGCAUGCUCCUGGUAUGAAGAAGAUCAAGUUAGACACUCCAGAGGAGAUUGCAAGGUGGAGGGAAGAAAGGAGAAAAAACUACCCAACUUUGGCCAAUAUUGAAAGAAAGAACAGGUUAAAACUUGAAAAGGAAAAGAGAGGAGCAGUAUUGACAACAACACAGUAUGGCAAGAUGAAGGGGAUGUCCAGACAUUCACAGAUGGCAAAGAUCAGAAGUCCUGGCAAACAUCACAAAUGGAAAAAUGACCAUGUUGGGCAGAGAGCAGUCAUUGGAUCAGGCGAUUACUCAAGCAAUUUGAAACCUGAAUGUUCACCUGAGGCGAAUGCAGACCCUCUGAGUGUUUUGGUGAACACGGAUUCUGAGUCUGAUAAAGAGGAGAAACCACAAAGUGCUGUUAUACCCAAGGAAGUGACACCAGCUCUGUGUUCACUAAUGAGCAGCUAUGGUAGCCUCUCAGGGUCAGACAGUGAGCCGGAAGAAGCUCCUGUCAAGACUGAAGCAGAUGUUCUGGCAGAAGACCGGGUUCUUCAUAGCAGCACUCCUGAGAUACCAAGUCAAGAUGUUAAAGUGACGGUUAGGAAUUUCUCCGAAGCCAAGAAUGAGAGCCGAAAGAAAAGUUUUAAACAGACAAAUUGUAAGAGGAAAAAAGAUUAUAACAACUAUCAAACAUUAUUUGAGCCAAGAACACACCAUCCAUAUCUCCUGGAAAUGCUUUUAGCUCCAGACAUUCGACAUGAAAGAAAUGUGAUUUUGCAGUGUGUUCGGUACAUCAUCAAAAAAGACUUUUUUGGACUUGAUGCUAAUUGUGUGAAAACUGAGAAUGUGUAGGUAUCUGAUAAUUGAGGCAUGUGAAAUAGUAACAUUCUCAAAUUAGUAAAGAAAAGCCUUUUUUAUAAAAAAUUGGAUUAGAAUUAAAUUGUAAAUCUCAUGGAAUAUUAUGUUGAAUUUUUAAGUGUUUCUUUGAAUCUAUGCAAAUAAAUACAUAGCUGAUUUUU